CAUCGUUUCAUCUAAAAUGUUGACAUGUUGGACCUGCAGCUCACAGGUUCCUCUCUAGUUAUUUCAAUAAAUGGAUUUAAGGAACAUGUAUUGAAACAAGGAGGUUGAACAGUUUAAUUGAUCGUCGAUUUGUCAUCAUGGUGCCGCAAUUGUGGGAAUCGGCGGACAAAAGCGUCAAGAAAGAAGUGUUAAAGCCAGGUGUGUUUACCAAGAAGCCAACGGAAUGCUCCACGUGUACUGUUAUUGUGGAUAAGAUAAAUGUUACUGGAACAUCUGAAGCGGAUUUGAGAGAGAAGUAUCAUAGCGUUAUUCUUGAUGGCGAGCCCGAGAAGACUGUGAUUGUAGGAGAUGCCAGCUCAGAAAUUGACGAAAAUGUUGAGAGAGCGAUUUGCAUGAUGAAUGUCAGUGAGAGGAGUCUCGUUACCAUUGUCCUGUCUCCAAAACGCUCAGAUGAAUCUAUAGUUAGCAAUGAAUCCACAAUAGUUAAGUUCGAGAUCACAUUGACUCAGUGUAAACGUCACAAACCAGUUUGGGAAUGGAGCGCGGAGGAAAAGUACGAAGUGGCUUUGAGAUACAAAGAGAGAGGUGCCGAAUUGUUCAAGGACUCCCGAAUCGUAGAUGCGUUCCGCAAGUUCAGCAGGGCUUGCAAGCUUCUGAUAACGUUGGAGCCGAUAGCGGACUUGGAAUUAGACAAGCAAUUGGAGUACAAUAUUAAUGAUUUAAGACUUGCGUUGUACAACAAUAUGGCUAUAUGUCAACUGAAGCGAAAGAACUUUCAGCAUGUCGUUACGUUGUGUACCAAGGUGUUGGAUAAGGAUGGAAUUAAUGUUAAGGCUUUAUAUAGAAGAGGAGUGGCGUAUGGCAGUAUGGGAGAUAACGAAAAAGCUAUAACAGAUCUGAAAGCGGUACUUGCCUUAGAAUCUAGUAAUCACUCGGCGAAAGAACAGUUCGAUGUCUAUAACACCAGGUUGCAAGAAUCAAUUCAGAGAAAUAAAGACAUGAUGAAAAGAAUGUUUAAGACUUAAUAAUAAAUUUUAAGUAUUUUGUAUAUAAAUUUAAUUUUUCGAGAAAUAAAGUAUAUUUAUUU